CACGACAGCAACACCAACAACGGCGGAGAGUCUAACCUCAAUGUGGCCCAUAUGACACCCGAGCACCGCGUGCGCAUCGAGAAGAGCCUCAAGCGCAAGCUCGACGCCCGCUGCGGGCUGUUCGUGCUCAUCUACAUCAUGAACUACCUCGACAGGAACAACAUCGCCUCUGCGCGCCUCAAGGGCCUCCAGACAGACCUGAACCUCAGCAACACGCAGUACGAAACCUGCCUCAGCAUUCUGUACGUGGGCUACAUCCUCAUGCAGGUCCCCUCCAACAUGUUCAUCAACCGGAUCCCCCGCCCUUCGCUGUACCUCGGCAUCGUCAUGCUGCUCUGGGGCAUGCUGUCGACCGUGACAGGCGCCGUGCACAGCUUCGCGGGCAUGGUCCUGGUGCGGUUCUUCUUGGGCUUUAUCGAGGCGGCCUUUCUCCCUGGCGCCCUGCUCAUCCUGUCCAAGUGGUACACGCGGCGCGAGCUGACGACGAGGAACGCGGUUCUCUUUUGCGGCAAUCUCAUCUCGAACGCCUUCUCCGCGCUGGUCGGCGCCGGCGUCCUCUCCAAUAUGGAGGGCACGCUCGGCCAUGCGGCGUGGCGCUGGCUGUUCUGGAUCGAGGGCGGUGUCACCAUGCUCGUCGCCAUCGCGGCCAUUUUCAUCCUCCCUGACCUGCCGCACAAUACUCGCGGCUUCACGGAGGAGGAGCGCCAGGUUGCCCAGCUCCGCAUGGUCGAGGACGUGGGCGAGGCGGAUGCCGACUCCAAGGACCAGGGCGUGACGGACGGCCUGGUCUUGGCUCUCAAGGACGCCGGUGUGUGGGUGAUGAUGUUCACGCUCAUGGCAUACGUGAUUGGGUUGUCUUUCAAUGCCUUCUUUCCUACACUCACCGCUACGCUUGGUUAUGGGUAUGUCCCGACCCUGCUGUUGAGCUCCCCGCCAUGGGUGUUUGCCUGCAUUGUGUCCCUGAUCAAUGCGUGGCAUUCGGACAAGACUGGCGAGAAGUUUUGGCAUAUUAUCGGACCCAUCAUAUUUGGCCUCAUUGGAUUUAUUAUUUCCAUGUCGACGCUCAGCACUGCAGGUCGUUAUGUGGCCUUGUUUCUCCAGGCUAGCUCUUAUGCAGGCUUCAUUGUCUUCUACUCGUGGAUCUCAUCAUCGUUCCCUCGACCUCCUGCCAAGCGUGCCGUCGCCCUCGCCGCCAUCAACGCCUUCUCCCAAUUUGGUAAUAUCGCAGGCUCGUAUGUGUGGGACCUGAGUGCCAACGGGUAUCGCAAAUCGUAUGGCAUUGUCACGGCCAUGUUUGGCGUUACAAUAAUGGGUUGUCUGGUGUUCAGGAUGAUGCUGAGCCGGCUGAACAAGAAGCUGGAGCUUGGUGAGCUGGCUGAUUGGGAUGCUGAAGAUAUUGCCCACCAGACUGCCGAGAUGGAGGGCACGACGGUGGAUGAGGCGCUGAGGAUGAGGAAAGGUUUCAGGUACUUGCUUUGAGCGCAGAUGGGGAAGAAUUCCUGGGUCGAGCAAGGUACCUGCUUGUCCUUCAAGUUGUGGCUAAUAUAAUUCGCUAUAAUGAGAAAGAAGUGAAGUGGACAAG